AUGGUCAAACAAACAACCCUCGACAUCGAAUAUGCCUCUCUGAUGAGUCGCAAUCCAGAGGGUACUUAUCUGUACAGCCCACCAACCUUCUGCAAGUUCCACCCGGGCUCGGUGGGCUUCUUCGACGAGUACAGCGGUUGGAACCAGAUCACCGAUCUAUCCAAAGAAGGCCAGCCCCAGGCAGAUGGUUUCACGCCCAUAAAACGACUGUUAACUCGAGAUCAGCGGCCCAAAGCCGCUAUGUGGAAGACUCGAUCCUCCGAAUCUGAGGCUGGUCAGCAUAUCAGACUGUCCGGUGGCCUGUCUGCAGCCGCUGCAGCCGCCGUCCCAGUCGACGUUUCGGGGGACGGAAAGCACAAAAUCAGCACAUCGGGCAAAGCCGCAUUAGUGACGGGGUCGACCGCAAUGCGAGAGAAGGUACUCGCCCCAUUUGAUAAGCCCGUCGCAACAUGGGCGAGCGAGAAUGCACAAGCGCUGCUGGAUUCGGACUUUGCGCCUGAUAUCGCCAAGAAUGGCAUUUGGAUCAUCCAGCAUACGUGGGUGACGGAUGAGUGUGCCAUCAAUAUGACGAACAGCUCGGACAAGGAGAUUGAGGUCGGAUUGGAUAUUGCGGCGACUGGGAUUGCGAAGGCUGGGGCUGGAGGUGGGACGUUUGACAAGCUGAAGAAUGAAGGGUGGACUACGUACAAGUCCGAAGGGGAUGAUCAAGGACUGGUCGUAUGCUUCGGCGGAUCUCAUUUCAAGCCUCGUCGAUUCCAGCGGUUCCGCACUGUUACCCAGGCAAACUCUUACUUGCGAACUGGCCCUGUCGAAGAGGUAGAGCUGAUCGAUGAGCUGGGCUUUGAGUCUGCAAAGGUUGGAGCACCCGAGAGUGAUGCCGAGGAAGAGGCGGAGGCUACUGCUAGAGAAGAACAAGAAGAGCAGCGCAAAAUCGAUGAUUUGGAGAAGAAGAAGGCUGAGAUUUUGAACAAUACCACUACGGAGACAUUCGUUCUGUAG